ACAGGCGUUGUGUGUAUUCCUCUGGCAAGACCCCUAUGGGAUUAGCAAAACAGUCCAGAGAUGCGGAUAUCUUUUGGCCACCGCUGAAUGCAGUCUCCGAUAACUCCUGUCAUCUGCUAUGUGUUGUUGCUGUUCCAUACGCGUUCUGAUAGUUAUCACGGUCUGCUGAGAAUUUUAACAUCCCUGGCUUUGACUGGAGCAGGAAAACCGACGCGACUCGGUUAGCUCGUUACCUAGCGUGUCAGAAGGCUCGACGACAUAAUAGAUUGUCCUGCUGCUGAGAACGCGGUGUGCUCUUCUUGUCAGAUCAACCCAGGUGUCACCCAGUGUACUAUCGCUAAUUUUCAGAGAGUAUCUUCGUUCCGCCGUAUCGUUCACUGUUGUCUUUGUUAUGUAAUCGACUGCUUUCACCGUGAAAUGUAGCAGCAUACAGCAGCUUGGCCAGUCUUCAGUGUCUCCGCAGCGUUAGCAGAGCACUGCUCUCACUGCGCUGGCUAAAAAUACCACUGUAAGGCCCCCCUGCUCGCUGCGCCUCCAAAAGUGCUGGACUUGUCCCUGUUGGACUUCUCUUUUCUGGUCACCUUGCUCGCAGUUUGCCACUCUACAUGGUCACUACAGUGAAUUUGAGACGACUGGUAGAGCGAGUCGGGCCCCGAGGUUGUGAGCCGAGCUGGUCUGAUCUAACGUUAAAUCGUACCAGCUGCUGGGCUUCAGUUUUCCAAAGGAACGGCACUCGGCUUUGGUUGCUCUGUAGCCGAGUAUCAUUUUGCCCCGAUGGCCUUUUCCUGUUAUAACUAGUAGUAUAGAAAGCCUUGGUGAAGCCCGGGGUACUUUAUAAAGGUCAGACAAGACACAAACGCUUCGUUUCCACUGUGUUCAGUCUGAGUUUGGGGAGGCAGACUUCAUCUGUCCGGAGCACAAAACCAUGUCGGAGGAUAACAAUGCAGACAAAUUCAUCAAGGAGACAUCUAUUUUGGACGAGUACAACAUAAACUGGACACAGAAACUGGGAGCUGGCAUCAGUGGCCCUGUCAGAGUUUGUGUGAAGAAGUCAACUCAGGAACGCCUGGCCCUGAAGAUCCUUAUUGAUCGCCCCAAGGCCAGAAAUGAGGUGCGUCUCCAUAUGAUGUGUGCCAACCACCCAAACAUAGUGCAAAUCCUGGAAGUUUAUGCCAACAGUGUUCAAUUCCCCCAUGAAUCCAGCCCAAGAGCGAGGCUCCUGAUUGUUAUGGAAAUGAUGGAGGGUGGCGAGCUGUUCCACAGAAUCAGUCAGCACAGGCACUUUACUGAAAAGAUGGCCAGUCAGGUCACCAAACAGAUCAGCCAAGCGUUGGAGCAUUGUCACUCUCUAAAUAUUGCACAUCGUGACCUGAAGCCAGAGAACCUUCUCUUCAAAGAUAACUCUCUGGAUGCACCUGUGAAGCUGUGUGACUUUGGCUUUGCCAAAAUCGACCAAGGAGACUUGAUGACCCCUCAGUUUACUCCUUACUACGUAGCACCUCAGGUACUUGAGGCUCAAAGAAGGCACCAGAAGGAAAAGUCUGGAAUUAUACCUACCUCACCCACUCCUUACACCUAUAACAAGAGCUGUGACUUGUGGUCUCUCGGUGUGAUUAUCUACGUAAUGCUGUGUGGCUACCCUCCGUUCUACUCCAAGCAUCACAGUCGCACCAUCCCAAAGGACAUGAGGAAGAAGAUUAUGACCGGCAGCUUUGACUUUCCCGAAGACGAGUGGAGCCAGAUCUCUGAGAUGGCCAAGGACAUUGUACGCAAGCUGCUGAAGGUGAAGCCAGAGGAGAGGCUGACAAUCGAGGGAGUCUUGGCUCAUCCUUGGCUUAACUGCACCGAGGCUCUUGACAACGUGCUGCCCUCGGCACAGAUGAUGAUGGAUAAGGCGGUAGUUGCAGGGAUUCAGCAGGCCCACGCAGAGCAGCUGGCCAACAUGAGAAUUCAGGAUCUGAAUGUCAGCCUGAAGCCCCUAAACUCUGUCAACAACCCAAUCCUCAGGAAGCGGAAACUUCUAGGCCCAAAGCCCAGUGACAGUUUCUUCAUUCACGACCCAGAAAACGGAGGGGAAGACUCCAACGUAGCACUGGAAAAAUUACGAGAUGUCAUUGCACAGUGUAUACUACCACAAGCUGGAGAGAACGAGGAUGAGAAGCUGAAUGAAGUGAUGUAUGAAGCCUGGAGGUUCAACAGAGACUGUAAGCUGCUGAGGGAUGGCCUGCAGGGGCUCAGUUGGGACGGACGAGCCUUCUCCGAUAAAGUCGACCGCUUGAAGUUGGCUGAAAUAGUGAAACAGGCCAUCGAAGAGAAGACAAAUCUCCAAGAAUCUCAUUAGCAGCUGCUGUCUUUCUAUCUUCUUUUUAUAUUGUUUGUUAUUACCCUUUUUAACUCAUAUCUGUAAAAAAGCUUUUUUAUGUAUAAAUUUUUUUUCUUUUCGUAAAUUUACUUGCAAGAUUUAUUGUCAAACUGUUGCAAGAGCUAUUGUACAGCUGUAGAUAUAUUUCAAAGAUGACUCAUUGGUACUAUAAAUUUUUUUUUUUAUGGAUACUUGCAAAGAACGUGGGGGGAA